AUGCAGACAACUUCAGUUCGUAACGACGGUGGGGAGUCGACAGGCAUUACAAUUCUGGAGUAUGUUCCCCUAGCGGAUGGCAACCUGCUGCACAUGUUGCAACCAGAGCGGGCAACCAACUUCAUUUUCGGGUGGCUAGACAUAGUGACACAUCGAGAGUUAGUGGACCAAACCCUAGGUGCAUCGAAGAAAGACGGCGUGUCGCACACCCUACGUGCAGCCUAUCGUGCUGUCUACGCUCAACUGCUAGUCGACAGACUCAAAUUCCUCUCGUUCUACCUCCACACUGAGUCAAGAAGAAGAUCCUUCGGGUUACUGCAUGCAAGCCGGCGAAUGACUGCCACCCAUUCUUUGUGGCGUAAUCGACACGUACGUGGCGACCUAUGCACCGGUCAAAGUGCUUCCCGAACUGGUGACUGUGUGCGCAUCACCGGCUUUCUCCUCACAUUCCUCAUCGACAAUCCCGGUCUCUACACCUCGGCUCUAGCCGCUUCCACCGCCGCCACUGAGGCGACGAGAGGGGAGCACGACGGGAGUGAGGCGCUGUCUCAGGAGGCUCCACCUCCACCACACGGCAAGAAGGCGAAAAAGGUGGCUGCUGCGAAGGCUGCUGCUGCGGCAGCUCAACAACAGGCUGUCCUGUCUGCGGGUGGAUAA